GGAUUGUGCUAGUUUUUUGUCCAGCAAACGUCACUUAAUUGGUGAAAAUCGACAUCGGAAUAGUGGCAAAAAAAUUUUCCCUCAGUCGCUCAGCUAUUUUCUGCCUUCGUCUGCGCGUGUGAGCGGGAUGGUGACAGCGGUCCGACUGGCCGCGUCAGGGCAUCGCGUGUGCGGGAGAGAGACGAGGCUAUCGACCAAGCGAGAAACGCAUACGCCAAAGUCGAAAAGUGAUUUUUUCUUCGUUCGUUCGGGCGAAGUCGAAACUGCUGCGAAAUGUUUUAUAAAUAAAGUAUUGCAAUUCCAAGUUCUCGAAAGACGCGCGAAUUGAAAGUAAAUCAAAAAGAAUAACCCCAACAACACAGAACCUCCAGCGAGAGAGUAAAAUGAAUAAUGAUGCGAAGAACCAUGAAAGCGAUGACUUGAAUGUGCGCUCCACAGCGUAUUUUAACCAACAAACCACAACCAAUCAACCGAAAGCACCAGCAACCAGCAAGAAUAACGCAGGCUCUGGCUCUGGAUCCAAUAAUAACAAUAACAACACCAAUCAAAACCCCAACAGACAGUUGAAUCAUAAUUUACCCCGAAUCGCUGCCGCCAGACAAUCGAUAGCCGCCGCUCUAUUGAAAAACAGCGGGCGGAAGAUCCUGACGGCCAAGAAUGAGCCACUGACGACGACGGAGUCAUCAGGCGUUUUAACCAACACACCUUUACCCAGCAAUAGUCGAUUGAAAGUUAACAACAACAACAACAACAACACCAAUAACACUGCCAAGAUGUCUGGAACCAGUAGCAGUCAGUCCUCGGCCACGCCCACACCGCCCACGGCCAGCAGCAGCACAACCACCACAACAACAACGAACAUCAGCAGCGGAGGCGGUGGGAGUGGCAGCAGUGGCGGUGGCGGUGGCAGCACCACGGUCAUUGCCAAUCCCGCAUCGGUAACCAACACCGGAGCUGGAAGUGCCGCCAAGUUCCGUGCCGCCGUGGCCUCGGCGCCCAGCCCAGCACUGCCUGCAACCAACGCUCCUGCAAAUGCAACUGCUGCUGCGGCAACAGCAGCAAUCGCAACUGCUCCUGCCCCCAGUAGUAGCUCCUCCAGCUCCUCGAAGAAGACCCGAGCAGCAGUGGCCGCCCUGAAGCGACAGGUGGCCUUGCAACAGCAGCAGCCCGUUACCGGUAAUGCACCCAACUUGACCAGCAAGGAUUCGGCGCAUUUGAAAUUCGCCGCAACCACUCUGCUGAUGGGCGCCGCCGCAGCUGCCGCCGAUAGCAACGCUGGCGCUGCUACCGGUGGAUCAGGCGCAGGAGGAUCAGGAUCAUCAUCAUCAGUAGGAGCGGUAGGCGGGGCCAGAAUGGCCCUGAAUCCCGCCGUUGAUAUGGCCAAUGCCGCUGUCGUGCUUAAGCAAAAGCUAAAGGAUGCGGCUGCAGCUGCCUCGGCCUCCGCCUCCAAUCGCUCCGCCACCUCGUCCAUGUCGUCAACCGCCUCCUCACUGUCUUCGUCGGCGGGCAUCGUGAAUGCCAUUUCCUCGGCGCUGCAGAACAUCAUCACGCCGGAUACGGACACCGACACCGAGUUCUAUCCCCAGCCCGUCACCACAGACCUGUCCGAAUCGGAGGAGGAGUCCGUUUCAGAGAUCCUAUUGGCAUUCUUGUGUUUAAGGCCAGAUCUCCUGGACGAUAUUCCAGAAUCGGAUCCGGAUAGCUGUCCGCACGAGGGUGAGGUGCGCGAGGAUGAGGACGAAACGGAGGAGGAGUCGGAAGACUCUGAUGAGUCCGAAGGCGAAGAAGAAGAGGAGGACGAAGAGGAGAUAGAUGUGCUACAGGACAACGACGCGGACGACGAGGAGAUCGACGAUGAGGACGAGGAAGAGGACGCGCCCGAAGUGAGUUCCUUCCUCCUGGAUGCCAACAACAAGCGUUCCAGCAAUAUCUCCGCUCUGCUCGAGGCCGCGGCCAACGAGAAGGCUCCUGUCCUGCGCCACGCCACUCACGCCAUCGACGAGACCAAGCAGGCGCUGACAAAGAUGCGCUGCGCCAACAGUCCCCGCGAUAAGAACAGUGGAUUCUCCAGAUCCCUCGUGGCUGCCUGCACGGAUAAUGAUGUCAAUACGGUGAAGCGGCUGCUUUGCAAGGGCAAUGUGAACCUGAACGAUGCCGCCGCCUCCACGGAUGAUGGCGAGUCCCUGCUCUCCAUGGCCUGCUCUGCGGGCUACUACGAAUUGGCUCAGGUUCUGCUGGCCAUGUCUGCCGCCCAGGUGGAGGACAAAGGGCAAAAGGACUCAACGCCUCUAAUGGAAGCUGCAUCCGCCGGUCAUUUGGACAUCGUCAAACUGCUGCUCAACCACAACGCCGAUGUGAACGCCCACUGCGCCACGGGCAACACCCCGCUCAUGUUUGCUUGCGCCGGUGGUCAGGUGGACGUGGUGAAGGUGCUGCUCAAGCACGGCGCCAACGUCGAGGAGCAGAACGAGAACGGACACACCCCCUUGAUGGAAGCAGCUUCCGCCGGCCACGUGGAGGUAGCCAAGGUGCUGCUUGAACAUGGAGCCGGCAUCAACACCCACUCAAAUGAAUUCAAGGAGAGCGCCCUCACACUAGCCUGCUACAAGGGUCACCUGGACAUGGUGCGAUUCCUGCUUCAGGCAGGUGCAGAUCAGGAGCACAAAACCGAUGAAAUGCACACUGCCCUAAUGGAGGCUUCGAUGGACGGCCAUGUGGAGGUUGCUCGCCUGCUGCUGGACUCCGGUGCCCAAGUGAACAUGCCUACGGACUCUUUCGAGUCCCCGCUAACGUUGGCGGCUUGCGGUGGUCACGUGGAGUUGGCAACACUCUUGAUCGAGAGGGGAGCCAACAUCGAAGAGGUGAACGACGAGGGUUACACCCCGCUCAUGGAGGCCGCUCGCGAGGGACACGAGGAGAUGGUAGCCCUCUUGCUCAGCAAGGGUGCAAACAUCAAUGCCACGACCGAGGAGACCCAGGAGACAGCUUUGACGCUGGCCUGUUGCGGUGGCUUCAUGGAGGUGGCUGCAUUCCUGAUCAAGGAGGGAGCUAAUCUUGAGCUGGGUGCUUCCACACCGCUCAUGGAAGCUUCGCAGGAGGGACACACCGAUUUGGUAAGCUUCCUGCUGAAGAAGAAGGCCAAUGUCCAUGCAGAGACCCAGACGGGCGAUACCGCCUUGACGCAUGCCUGUGAGAACGGACACACAGAUGCGGCCGGUGUGCUGCUGUCGUAUGGAGCUGAACUGGAGCACGAGUCCGAGGGUGGUCGAACGCCACUAAUGAAAGCCUGUCGUGCCGGACACCUGUGCACUGUCAAGUUCCUCAUUCAAAAGGGCGCUAAUGUCAACAAACAGACCACCAGUAAUGACCACACUGCCUUGUCGUUAGCCUGUGCCGGGGGUCAUCAGUCUGUGGUGGAACUGCUAUUAAAAAACAACGCCGACCCGUUCCACAAGCUGAAGGACAACAGCACCAUGUUAAUCGAAGCCUCCAAGGGUGGACACACUCGUGUGGUCGAGCUACUCUUCCGCUAUCCGAACAUUUCGCCUACGGAAAACGCAGCGGCUGCGAAUGUUACCCAGGCAGCUCCAACCAGCAAUCAACCUGGUCCAAAUCAGAUGCGUCAAAAGAUCAUGAAGCAGCAGCUUCAGCAUCAGUUGCAGCAGCUGAACGCUCCCCCUGGCUUGCAUGAGUUGUCUGAGGCGGCACGUGCAUCCAAUCAACAACAUUUCCACCAGCAACAGUUCAGCAGUGCCGGCAAUGGAUCCUCCAACAUCGUGGCAAUGGGAACUGGCGAAUUUUUGGAUGCCGGUGAUCUGCAACUUACGGCUACUGCGGGAAUGAGUGCGGGAGCCGGAACCAGUACCACGGGCAGUGAGACUGGAAUGGAGGAGUAUGGCGAAGUCGGAGGAAUUGACUUGACUACUCUUGGCGCUCAGCAGCAGGAGGGUCUUAUUGCAAAGUCGAGAUUGUUCCAUUUGCAGCCCGGCUUUGAUCAGCAGCAACAGCAGCAGCAGCAGCAACAACAACAGCAGCCACCUGCAGCCGGCCAGCACCAGUUAGUUCCAUGUAAGCACUUCGACCUGGACAUGGAGCACAUCAAUUCUCUGCAGCCGCCGCAAAAGGCACCGCCCGCUCCACCUGUACUCUUCCACACCGUUUGCCAGCAGCCUGUAAUGCAACAGCAGCAGCAACUUCAGCCAGGUCAGCUCAAGUUAAAGGCCAUGCUUCCCAACCGCCAUCGCGCGUUGAAAACCGCCGAAGUAGUGGAGUUUAUUGACUGCCCGGUGGAUCAACAACAGCAUGGCGAGCAGGUGCGCACACAGCCUUUGGGUGAGGAUGGAAAGACCCCUCAGUUUGCAUGCGCUGGAGAGGAUCCACGGUUGCAGCGCCGACGCGGCUUUAUGCCGGAGCUGAAGAAGGGUGAACUUCCGCCGGAGAGUAGCAGCAGUGACCCUAACGAGCUAGCCCUUAAAGGAGCCGACAACAAUCAGCCCGUACCGACAGCACUGGACAAUAGCCCCUGCGCCCAGACCCCAGCGCGAAACUCUGGCGGAGCAAUAACCCAUUCCUCGGAAGUUCUGCAGAGCACAGCUAUCAGCGACAGGCCAAAGGUAAAGGCCACCAACAAGAACAACCGGAAGCAAGCGGCCGCAGCAGCAGCAGCUGCAGCAGCAGCGGCGGCGGCAGCAGCAGCGGCUGCCCAACACGCCCAGCAAGUGUUGCCGAACCCAAUGGUCUCCAUCUAUAAUAACCUGCAUUUGCAGCACUUGCAGCAUCCACAUCUCCAGUUUCAGCAGCAACUUCAACUGCAUCACCAGCGAGUAGCUGGACUGGACAAUGCAGCGGCUGCAGCCGCAGCAGCGGCUUCAUCCGCGAACAUGGCCUACUCUAUUUCUCCGGCAUCUCCACUUCCCUCGCCCACUGGCAGCGGCAACUAUGUCGAUCAGCAGCUGCAACAGCAGACCAUGGAUGUAGCUCUACAGCGCAAGACGGCCAUGGACGAUUUCCGUGGCAUGUUGGAGACGGCGGUAAAUGGUCCAAGGGGCAGAAAAGACCUGGCUCUUAACACACCCCAGCUGAACUUCUUCAAGGACGGCUGGCAUAUGGUGGGAGUGCACAAUUUCUUUGGUGAUCAGCCAAAGUCGCCCACUGAGACUCCGCCGGAAAUGGAGGAGACUACCAUGUCCUCACCGACCGAAGGAGAUCAGCUCGGAUCCGAGCCUCCUGCCGAGAUGAAGAACUUGGCCACGCUCUGCUCGGCCGCAGCAGCAGCUGCUGCUGUGGCAGCGGUUAACAAGGAUCAGGUUGAGAUUAGUUCGGAUCUUGAGAGCGAAUGCGAGGAUGACGGUGGUGCUGGAGCAGAUGGCGAGGAAAACACACUGCCGCCUGAGCCAAUUGAAUUAGCGGCCGCUCUAAGGGAGGAUGGCAUAAUUGUGGAGGAAGAGGAGGAUGACGAGGAGGAGGAAGAUGACGAUGAAGAACAGGAUACCAACAGCGGUGAGGGCGACAAGCUGAACUAUGAUGACGAAGACGCGGAGGUGGACAACGAUGGUGAGGUAGACUACAUCGACGAAGACGAUGGUGGUGGAGAAGGCGAGGAAGAAGAAGAUGAUGCAGAUGAUGACGAGUUCUUCUUGGACGAGCCUGACAGCGACCAAGGAACUGGCAACAAUAAUAACAACUCCAAAAGCGGUGCCAGUUCGUUGCCAUUGAAACAGCGCAAAAUGGCCACUCGGUUGGAAAACCUAAUCCUGACCUCGCAGACACUGUGCGACUUCCCGCCUGAACUUAGCAACUCGGAUCUGGUUCAUGUCCUGCCCCAAAUAAGCAAUCUCAAAGCAGCGGCCAACAGCAACGCGGCUCUGAACAGCGUACUCCAGCAGCAGUUGGCAGCAGCCUCCGCGGCAGCUGCGCACGCCAAAGCGUCUGUAGUCCACCAGAAGCAGCAGCAUGGAGAGGGAGAUCAGCAAUGCGAAGAUGACGGCAGUGCUAGCACAAGUGAUCUAUAUUCGGGCUUGGAGCACUUUGCCAAUGAUGGCGAAAUGGAGGAUAUAUUCCAGGAAUUGGCAAGUAGCCUAAACUAUCCCGAGCUUGCCGAGUUUAGCCUCAAUCAGAUGUGCAAGGGUCGAUUUGCUGGAAAUUGGGCGCAAUCUUCCGGCAAGUGGACUGGUCAGGAGCAGUUGGUGGGCGUGGUAAGGUCGCCGGGUCUCAUUAACCCAGGCGACGUUCCGCAGGAUGCCCAGCGACAGGCAAAUCUUGUCCUCCUCGACUAUCCCAUGCAAAACAUCCAACUAGAGCAGCGGAUACUCGAUGCUGAGGAACUGCACCUGCAGCAACACCAGCAAACACCGCUCUCCUUACUGCCCUUUACGGAUGAACAGCAGCAGCAGCUUCAUCACCAAGCUUUGCCCAAUGCAUCCGAGUUUCAGCAACACCAACAGCUUGCCCUGGAAAACGAUCCAGAACUAAAGCAGCAGCUUCAGCAGUACUCCAACGCGCGCAUCAUUAAAGCUGUGGCUGCCCAGCAUCAGCAGCAGCCUCCAACCAACUUCGUUUACAACGUGGAGAGCGGCGACAAGAAUGCUCCGCCAGUGCAAUUGCUCUUCCAGUUGCCACCACACAUGGCCCAGCAUCAGGCGCAGCAACAGCAGGGCGUUGGCGAGCCUCUUACCGAACAGCAACAGCAGCAGUUACACGCUGAGCAGGCGCAUCUCUUUCAGCAUCGAACUGGCGGUCAGCGUCCGCCCACCCAGAGUGAGUUAGAGCAGGUGGCUCAGGAGCUAUUGCUUCAGCGAAGCGGCCAGGUGCCGGCAGGAGCUCCUGUUGUGGGUGUUCAAGCAAUUCCACUCAAGCAAAAACACUUUAACCUGCAUCCGCCGCCGUGUCCACCAACCUGUGUCCAGCAUCAGGUGGCGACGCAGACGCAUCCCGCUUCUGUUGUAGUGCCGCAGCCUGCUGUAGGAUAUACACAAUUCGCUCUUCAGGCCUCCCAGCAACAGCAAAUGCAACAAAACGAGCUCUCCAUUUGGCCGAUGGCCACGCCUACUCCCGCGCCCAGCAGCGGUGUGAGCUCAAACAAGUCGAUGCCCGGCGGCAUUGCCAAAAAGGCCAUUGACAAGCAGUCGCGCAAGGAACGUCGUUGCGUGGUGCGCCAGACACCAGCCGGCAUUCAAGAGAACACCAAACUGCAUCUACAGCCUCAGGUCGCAACAGCCCAGCAACAAGUUCUAGUGCAGAACCAGUUAGCAGUUGCGACCACCGUGAGUUUGGACAAGACUAUCGAGAUAGAUUCAGAGACGGAAUCCAACCACGACACGGCUUUAACCUUGGCUUGUGCCGGCGGUCAUGAAGAGCUGGUGGAACUGUUGAUCAAUCGGGGAGCAAACAUCGAGCACCGUGAUAAGAAGGGAUUCACACCGCUUAUCCUAGCCGCUACCGCUGGCCACGACAAAGUCGUGGACAUUCUGCUCAAGCACAGCGCUGAGUUGGAGGCUCAAUCAGAGCGUACGAAGGAUACACCAUUGUCCCUGGCAUGUUCUGGCGGCCGAUACGAGGUGGUGGAACUUCUUCUUAGCGUUGGUGCCAACAAGGAGCACCGCAAUGUAUCUGAUUACACUCCACUGAGCUUGGCAGCCAGUGGGGGCUAUGUGAACAUCAUUAAACUGUUGCUUAGCCAUGGAGCAGAGAUCAACUCGCGAACGGGCAGCAAGCUGGGCAUUUCACCGCUUAUGCUAGCCGCCAUGAAUGGUCAUACGCCGGCGGUUAAGUUGCUUUUGGAUCAGGGAUCCGACAUAAAUGCCCAGAUCGAGACGAAUCGCAAUACGGCCUUGACUUUGGCUUGCUUCCAGGGCAGACACGAGGUCGUAAGUCUGCUGCUCGACCGACGGGCCAAUGUGGAGCAUCGAGCUAAGACGGGUCUGACACCACUCAUGGAAGCCGCAUCAGGCGGUUACAUAGAGGUCGGUCGCGUUCUGUUGGACAAGGGUGCGGACGUGAAUGCUGCUCCGGUACCGACGUCCAGAGAUACGGCUCUCACAAUUGCCGCCGACAAGGGCCAUCAAAAGUUCGUGGAACUCCUGCUAUCUCGUAAUGCCAGCGUAGAGGUAAAAAAUAAGAAGGGUAACUCCCCACUCUGGCUGGCUGCCCAUGGUGGUCACCUGAGUGUGGUUGAGCUUUUGUACGACCAUAAUGCUGACAUUGACUCACAGGAUAAUCGGCGUGUUUCCUGUCUGAUGGCUGCUUUCCGCAAGGGGCACACCAAGAUUGUGAAGUGGAUGGUACAGUAUGUGUCGCAGUUUCCCUCUGACCAGGAGAUGAUUCGCUUCAUCGGUACCAUAAGUGACAAAGAGCUGAUAGACAAGUGUUUUGACUGCAUGAAGAUCCUGCGUAGCGCCAAAGAGGCCCAGGCCGUCAAGGCCAAUAAGAAUGCUUCGAUCCUUUUGGAGGAGCUGGAUUUGGAGCGUACUCGCGAGGAGAGCCGCAAAGCUGCCGCCGCCCGUCGUCGUGAGCGCAAGAAGAAGAAGAAGAUGGAGAAGAAAGAAGAGAAACGCCGUCAACAACAGGGCAAUGGGGCUGGCGGAGAUGAUAUGCAAGGCGAUGACGAUGACGUCAGUGACAAGGAUGAUGAUUCCGACAAGGACGAUGAAGACGAGGAGGCAGCGCCGGCCGCCGCCCGCGAGGAGGGAGACUCUGGCAUCGAUCAGGGCUCGUGCUCCAGCGGAGACACCAAAGGUGCGCGCUUCGGUGGCAGUCAGUCCGCUCAGGCUGCGGAAGCGGCAGCCAAUUCCGUGUCCACCAACAACCAGGGAAAGAAGAACAAGAAGCAGGCGAAAAACAAGGUGUUGAUAUCGGUAGAACCAACGCAACCAGUAAUCACAUCGAACACCGUCCUCAAGGGCAUCUGUGCGAAGAAGCAGUCCGCAGUGGAAGUUGUAAAGCAACCUCCUGCCGCACAACAGGCUGCCCCUCUCAAGCGUCAGCUCGAUGUGAAGAAGGAGGAACCUGCUCUCAAGAAGAAGGAAGAGAAGAACAGCUCGUCCAGCAGCAGCAACAAGCGUGAGAAAGAGAAUCUUGCGCCCAAGGAGGUUGCACUGCCAGCCAAGCAGCAACCCAGUAGCUCCAGCAAACUGCAGAGCAGCGAGUCUGCGAGCAACAUAAACAGCAGCACCGCUACCAACACCAGUAGCGCCAAUACUACUCGGAAGGAAGUUGCAAAGCCAGUGUCACAAGCUGCGAGUGCCACCAGUUUGAAUCCUGCAAAGCGCACCGAAGUCGAUGGCUGGAAGGAAGUAGUCCGCAAGAGCAGCGCCCAGCAGACCACAGCGGUGGGAGCGAGUGGAGCCCCACUGCCUGUGACAGCCACCAGUUCGGCCACCAGCGUGCAGCACCAUCCGCACCACCACCUAGGCAACAGCUCCAGCAACAGCUCGAGCUCCCUGGCCACCAGCACCACUACAGCAGCGUCUUCGGUUCCCGAGAUGACCUGCAAGAAGGUGCAAGUGCCCGUAAAUGCCAUCUCCAGGGUUAUUGGACGAGGUGGAAGCAACAUCAACGCCAUUCGCGCCACCACUGGUGCUCACAUCGAGGUGGAGAAGCAGGGCAAGAAUCAAUCAGAGCGUUGCAUCACGAUCAAGGGCUUAACCGAUGCUACAAAACAGGCACAUAUGCUCAUUUUGGCACUAAUCAAGGAUCCCGAUGUGGACAUAUUGCAAAUGCUGCCCAGGAUUAACAGCAGUAUUAAGCAGGCGUCUAGUGGCGGAGCGAGCACACCAAUGUCCGUGGGAACUUGGGACAAUCGCACUGCUGCCGGUGUGAAUGCGUAUACCUUUUCUUCAGCUGCGUCCACCACCUCCACAUCCUCCAGCUCGUCAGCUAGCUCUACUACACCAGCGGGAGCUUCGUACAGCAAUGCGCACAAGCAGCAGCAACAGCAGCUGCAGUCAGUGAAGGGCCCAAGUGGACGGUCAUCAACGUCGGUCAAGUCUAAUGGCAGUAGCACCAAGGUGUCGGCUUCGAGUGGAUCGGGUUCCCGGAACGGCAGGGCUGGCAGUAGCUAUCUUGCUCAACAGCAGCCUGGUCGCAGCUCCGCAGGUGGCUCUUCAAAUGGCGUGAUCAAGAGCAAGUCAGAAAGCUCUUCCAAAUCCCUGCCAGCUGCACAAAAGAGCAGUACCACUUUGGGUAAAUCAUCGACUGUGUCACCGGGUGCACAGAAUUUCGCAAAGGCAGCGGCUAUUGGACAGUCCUCGCCCAAAAAGGCUGAGGGUGGUACUACAUCUGCGGUGAUCACCUCUGCCGGUGGGCGCAGCAGUGGCGUGGUGGCUCCAUUUGGACGUGGCAAGCCUGUAGCUGGCCAAGGAGGACCUGCAGCAACGGCGGCUUCCAACGUUGCCCAGCUCGGAAGUGUGAGUGGCAACAGUAGCAACAGCAACAUAUUGGCUGGACCAAUUGGCACCUUUAAUGUAGCGGAUGUGGCCGCCGUGAAUGCAGCUGCGGCAGCAGGAGCAGCAGCUACCAACAGCAAUGUGAAACCCAUUGCUCCCAUUGCACCGCCCAGUAAGCGAGUUGGAUCUCCCAUCCAAGCCCAGCAACAGCAUCAAACACAGCAGCAGCAACAACAGCAAAUACCCCAGACAGCACCAGUUCCUGGCCCACAGCCACAACAACAACAGCCGCAUCAGCAGCAGCAACAACAGCAGCAGCAGCAACAACAAGCGCCUCAGCAGCAGCCACAACAGGCAAACCAGCAACCACAGACGUCCCAGCAAAAUCUCGUGAUCAAUACAAACCUACUGAACGAUCUGAUGGCCGCCAGUGCAGCAAACACCACCAGCGAUAGCUUCAGUGCCCAGCUAGCAGCCAAGUUGUCUAGCGCAUAUUCCCUGUUCAGUGACUAUCAGCAGUCGCAGUGGGGCAAGUUGGGUGAUCCAGGCAUCGGCGGUGGAGCAGGAGCUGUGGGCGAUGGUCUGCCGCAAGCGGAUGCUUCCAAGGCACCAGGAUACAAUCGCAACAUCCUCAGCUCGCCCGUUGGCAGUUCUAAGGCCUCGUCGAAUCACUCCACCUCGCCUCCUGUAGGUAAUGUGAUCCAACAGCAGCAGCAGCAGCAACAACCGCAAUCUAGCCAACAAGCUCUCAACAUCAUCACCAGUGGACCAGGAGGGCCUGCUACAGCACCAGCCAGAUCACCCAUGGUGUCAGCCAACGAGGGCAAUCCCGCAGUGGGUCAACCCUCCAUCAAUGGAACCCAAGGACUGGGUGAGACGGCUCCUGCCCAUUCGCCAGGCGUUAUCAAACCGCCCACGGCCACAGUUCCCAUCCAGCGCCAUGUGCCCAUGCCGAUCUCUGCGCCGGAGGCCGGAGCACCGCCCACAUUUGGAGCGAUUGGUUCCAACCCAGCUAGCGGUAACAAUUCUGCGGCUGCCCAAGCCGCAGCUGCCGCCGCCGCCUCGGCGAUGAUCGAUCGGCAGCAGCAGAAUUUACAGAAUAUGCAGACUUUGCAAAAUUUGCAAAGGAUGGUGGGAGCCUCGCAGCAACAGCAGCAACAACAGCAGCUAAACUAUCCAAUGGAUCCCACAUCGUCGUUCAUCGUGGAUGCUAAUAACGUGCUGCGCCUGAAUCCACGCGUCAUCUUUCCGCAAGGCAACACCAAGCCACCGCAGCCACCGCCGCAGGGAGGAACGCAGUCGAAUGUAUUUGGAGGAAAUCCAGGCAGACAACCACCUGGAGCGGGUGCCAGACAGCCAGGAGGCGCAGCUGCACAGCGUUGGUAUGGCGGCACUCUGGAGUAUCCUUCAUACACGGGCCGUGAUAUGCUGCACCUGGAGAAUGGUGCCGGCGGAAUGGCGGGCAUGGGCUCACCAUCUGCCAUGUCGCCCAACCACGACGACAUUCGCAAGAUGCCGCGCCCCAUAGGCACUGAGCGAGCCGCAUCAUGGAAGAACAACUACUUUAACGUGGGAGCCCCGUCACUUAACAUGGAAGAUGCUCUAGCCAGUGUGUUGCCCCCAUGGGCACAUGAGCUUAAGGCUCAGCCUCCGGGCUUGCAGCAACCGCCUCCUCCGCCGCAGUCGCAGCAGCAACAGCAACAACCGCUCAACUGGCUGAAGCAGCAGCCGCAGCAGCAGCAGUACAGGGCAUACAACAACGGACCCUAUCCGCAGCAGCAGCAGCAUGAGCCAAUGAAUAUGCCAAUGGACUACCACAACAUGCAGGCACCUCCAAAUAUGAGCCAGCAGCAGCAGCACGUCAACUUGAUGCCCUCAUACGGCUACCAGCAUUUUGUGGGCGCCCCUGGAGCCGUUGACAUCUCCGCACAUAUGCCGGACAAGAUGGAGGUGUGGGAUCACCACGACAAACACAUGCCCUGGACCAACUAUACCACCAACUGGUCCAACUGAUGUGCCAGCGAAACUCAAAUGGAGGAUCUCUUCGAUGCCUGAACUGAGCAGCUCUGGCUGAGAGAACUCCUGCAAACAAAUUACCAGGACCUAGCAGAAACGUCACGUCAAUAGCAUCUCACUGAUUUGAACAUGCAAAGCGAAAUAAUAUUUUUUGUAUUUGUACGAUUACUAUUCGGAUUCUCGGCUUCUUCUCCCCAAUCCUAAAUCUUCUAACUGCCUGUCAACUUUCGUGGAAACCAACUAACAGCAACAGCUAGAUGGAAAAUUGCUACAUGGCUUUGUUCUUUAGUUUAACAAUAUAAAAACGUUUGAAUUCGGGUAAUUAUUUAACUUCGCAGGCAAAACGUGAAAUUUAACCGCAAACAUAUAAACAUAAAAACGCUAAAGAAAUGCAAAAUGAUAAAAAAAGCAAAAUGCUAGAAGAAGAAAACAUGUUCGAAACUGGUGCCCAGGCAACUGGGUCCAAUAUAUAUUAUUUAUUUUUAAAUGUAUUGAUAUUUUUUGAAGAAGCAUGAAGUUAGUGGUAGCUUUUUGUGUGUUGAGCUAUAGGGAAAACGAAACGAAAAGUAAAUCUUCACACACACACAUACAAGCACUAACCCCUUUCCCCGCACACAACACACACACACAAACCCACACACCCACAUAUACACAAAUACAUUUACGUUAGGAUAAAAGUCAGUCUUAUGAAUGAAACAUUAAAUUGAAAUGUUUAGCGCCAGCUAAAGUUAAAGUACACACAAACUUUUAUUACAACACUUAUACAUAAAUACAUCUAUAUAUAUAUUUAAUAACAUUAAUAAAGGCAACAAAUGAAUGUCGAAACUGUAAAUUCAAGGCGCGCACUAUUCUCUAUAUUCCCCAGUUUUUCCACGACAAAAAACAAACCCCAAACUAAACUAAACAACAAGAAGCUAACGAAACCGGAAACUAGAACAAAGCUAUGAAAACGCAUAUGCAUACGCUAUGAAUCGCAAAAAAAGUACGAAACGAAAAACCACAGCCGACAGAUAAUUACUUAAUUCAACUUAUAACGUAUACAUACCGCAAACUACUCCCAAACUUAAAGAUACUACCAAACCAACCAAUCCGAACGAAACAUCCGAGGUGGAGCUGCUACAGAGCUUGGUGUUCUUUGGUCAGAAGUGAAUGAUGAAACCCUUGGUGUGGUCGAUACCCCGAAAAAUGUAGUUAGUAGAAAUUGAAAUUGCUUAAAUAACUAAGUAAAACGUCAAUAACAUAAUGGUCGAGUAACGUUUUAAUAUUCCAUUUACGAGAACUAAACGAUAUACGAUACGAUGAUGAUGAUGAUGAUGAUUAAGAUGACGAGACGACGAAGCGGCGCUUGCUUGCCAUCUUUGAUGCUUUUCCGACACUGCUCAUAGACGUACAUAAAAAAUAUAUACCUAUCUAAAAUAUAUACUAGGGAAUAGCAUAUAUGAGAUACACGAACUUUUAUUUCGAUCACCCAAUGAACGCGAGCGGAACGUGAAACUAACGAAGAGGAAGAUAUGUAAAAACACUUGAUAAACCUUAACAAAAACCCUUCUUGCCUGAUCCUCCAGUAGGCACGAGUGAAAUCCGGAGCCCGGGACACAAGUCAAAAAGGUGUGGGUGGGGGUCGUAAUGCAAUUGCUUUGUAAAAUUCUAGAGGAGAACGAUAACGUUGCUUGAGACGAUGAUAUAUAAUGCUUAGAGAACCCACGCAUAAUCUAAUAACACACAGAAACACAACAAAUGGUAAAACAAUAACCGAUGGUUAUUGCAAGAUAUACUUUAUCGAUGAUAAUGAUGAAUAUGAAAAUACGAAAUAAAUGAUAAUAUAAGUGAAGCAUGAA